AGUCUGACGAGCAGUGAGUAGCUUGGCGCCGUUGGCGGGAGCUGCGCGCGCUGACGUUUCAGCAGCAGCAGCGGCCACGCGCGCCGAGAGGGAAGGCAUCGCGCCUCUUCUCACAUCCAUCUGAGCGGCUCGCGCACACGAGCCCAGGAGCACCAGCGCGCAACUUCACGCGGAGCCGCAUCCGAGCCUGAAGUUAGAGCGAUGCAACACAGACGCCAUUUCAAUUCCAACCACAUCUCAUCGGCUUCUUUUUAACACCAUCAAAACAACAUUUUAUUUCUUUUCUUUUUUUUGAAUCUUCCUCUUUUCUUCGGAACGCGUUGUUUUUUCCCCCGGUUGAUGAGAGACCGUCUCCGUCAUAUGGAAACGAUGUGGACCUUACACGAAUCUGUUGGAUUGGUUUUCUUUUCCUGUUUGUCCAUCCAGAUCGGAUUUUCUCUUCAAGGCAGAUUCACCGAUCUGCCAUCAAACAUCACUGCCAGGGAGGGCCAGAACAUUGAGAUGGCGUGCGCUUUCCAGAGCGGCACCUCCUCCGUUUACUUGGAGAUCCAGUGGUGGUUCAUCCGCGCUCCCGAGGAGCCGAGAACGAGCGAAGAGGAGGAGGAGGAUGAGGAGGAGGAGACAGAGAUGGAGCUGAUACCAGAACCUGACCCAGAUGAUGAAGGAACUAAAAUAAGUACAGUCAAGGUCCAAGGCAAUGACAUUUCCCACAAGCUUCAAAUUGCACGGGUGAGCAAGAGUGAUGAGGGCCUGUAUGAGUGUCGAGUUACUGACGCCAACUAUGGAGAACUGAAAGAGUACAAGGCCCAGGCCUACCUAAAGGUCAAUGCAACUGUUCGUAGAGGACUCAUCAAGAAGACUUCACCUCUGCACCUGACCAAUAAGAAGCCCCGUAAGAGCAGCUCGGCUUUGGGCCAAGACAGCAACGGGUUGAACUCAGACCAUCACUCCCAGUCCUCCUCUACCUCGCAGGCAUCACAGUCCAAAACAGUCAAACACAGCACUGGAUCAGGUACCAGGAUAGAUACGAGCUAUGGACUCACUCUACUGCUUUUUGCUAGCGUUUGUGUGAGGGGAGCCUUGCUAUAGUCUGGGACAUUAUUUUUUUCUCUUUCACUGUUCUUUUAAAGCCAAGAAAAAAAAAUCAUCUGCUAUUUCCAUAGCACGGACACCACCAUUACCCCUGUUUUUGCACUCUAUGUUAUAAUUAUCUAUUCCAGAAUAAUUUUUGGUCAAAACAAUAAGGCCUAUAGCAUAAGACUGUAUUUUUGGACAUGUAUUUGGUGACCCUGAUAUCAAAAUUGGAUGGACAUGAACUAAUUAUGGACUUAUCUCUCAUCCAGAUAUUAUUAAUAAUUUGGUUGUAUUUUCUUUCUAUUCAUAUCCAGCUGUGAAUUUAUUAUAAGAUGCUCUAAAGCCUGGAAAGAAUUUAUAUUUGUGUAUUAUAUAAAUAUAAAUACAGAUACAUAUAUAAUGAUAUGAUUUUGAACCUUCUUGGACUCUGUACAGCCUGCAUUCAUCCUGGAAUAUUAUGUGUCCAAGGACACUGAAAUAAAUAUGAAUAUAACAGCUCUGACAUUUAAGUAAAUAUUGUGGCUGGAUAGGAGUUCUGCUUAACUAUGUGAUGUUCUGUGUGUUUUAAUCUGCUUUAAAGUUUCCUGAUUUUGUUUUAUGCAGAUUGUUCGUGCUCAAAUGCACAUGCUAUUCCUUUUGUUGUUGUAGGUUUUUUUGACACGUUUCUUUCUUUUUUUUAUUUUGCAUAAUAAAUGUGAGCUUAUUUCUGUUAUCAACCUGUUAGUCUUGGUUUGUCUUCAGGACAAAAAAACCCUCUUUUUUUAUACAUCAUGUGCAUGUCUAAAUAUGCCGGGACAUGUGCUAAUUAACUGAUAAUUAACACAGAAAAUAUUGACCUCUUUCUAUAUUGCAUGAAAGGUUCCCUUCUUUGUCAGGAAGGAGAAAAUAUGUGACAGGAAAUACGUCAACGUCUGUGGACCUAUGAAUAUGUUAUUGUCUUACUGGCUAAAGAAGCUUAAGUGCAUGUGUGUUUUUGGUAUUUCAUCCUAUUUCGACCAACUGGAGUAUGAUAUGGUGAUUUUUUUUCUAAUUAUUAUUAUUAUUAUUAUUAUGAUUAUA